AUGGGUUCUGAGCGUGAGAACAAGACGUUCCUCGCGAGGCUGUGCGAGCAGGCCGAGCGCUACGAUGAAAUGGUCACAUACAUGAAGGAAGUCGCCAACAUCGGUGGCGAGCUCACCGUUGAUGAGCGUAAUCUGCUUUCCGUUGCGUACAAGAACGUUGUCGGUACCCGCCGUGCCUCGUGGCGUAUCAUCUCCUCCAUCGAGCAGAAGGAGGAGUCCAAGGGCUCUGAUGAGCACGUCGGUAUCAUCCGCGACUACCGCCAGAAGAUUGAGACCGAGCUCGAGAAGGUCUGCCAAGAUGUUCUCGACGUCCUUGACGAGUCCCUGAUUCCCAAGGCCGAGACCGGCGAGUCCAAGGUCUUCUACUACAAGAUGAAGGGAGACUACCACCGCUACCUCGCUGAGUUCGCUUCUGGCAACAAGCGCAAGGUUGCUGCUACUGCUGCCCACGAGGCCUACAAGAACGCCACCGAUGUCGCCCAGACUGAUCUUACCCCCACCCACCCCAUCCGCCUUGGUCUCGCCUUGAACUUCUCCGUCUUCUACUACGAGAUCCUUAACUCACCCGACCGCGCAUGCCACCUCGCCAAGCAGGCCUUCGAUGACGCAAUUGCAGAGCUCGACUCCCUCUCCGAGGAGAGCUACCGCGACAGCACCUUGAUCAUGCAGCUCCUGCGGGACAACCUGACCCUUUGGACCUCUGCGGACGGUAACGAGGGCGAGGGUGCCUCUAAGGAGGAUAAGACCGAGGAUGACGCCGCCGCUGCACCGGCUGAGGAGAAGCAGGAGGAGGCCAAGUCGGCCGAGGCUGAGGCCGAGUCCUAG